AUCUAGGGGGUUAUGAUCUAUUUAUCUCUUGUGCCUGUCCGUGCUGUGUUCAACACCAGUGACCCUGGUCUGGCGGGUACGAUCCACCGCGAGACGCGAGUAUCAUUACAUCAGCACAACGAGAGGCAAGGACAGUUCAGUCAUUCCGCCGUACCAAUAGGGCCAUAGGAUAGCAUACAGUGCAUGUCUCCGUCAGUCGAGUCUUGUCUUCCAUAUUGUCCGCCUGCCGAAGGAAGUUGGCCUAAGUCAGUUCGUUUGAAUGUCCCUAGUAACCUAGGUGUAUUAGAGUGUGUUGGAGAACAACUCUUCUUACCGUAGUGUCUCCUGAUAGUACUAACGCUUCAUCCGUGUGCCUCUCGAAAGAGAAACGGGUGUCCAGUGGUGUUCGAAGCACAGCGAUGUUCGACCGCGCACCGCCUGCAAUAUCCAGUCCUGAAGGUCAAGACAGCAUGCUCGGAGCCGCUAGACCAGCCUUGGCGCUCUACACCAGCCACACAGCCAUCAACACACUCAACGAACUCGACGACUUUCUGAACGUAGAGGACAGCAGCAACAACACUUCGCAAUGCAACAGUGGUACGACGAGCAGAGGCGAAUGCUCGCCACGGAAGGCUUCGUUCAGUAAUAGCCGGUCGAGCAGUUCCACGCUAGUACCAGCAGGAGAGGCUGAGCCGUGCGAUAAGUGUGUUAGUUCGCCGAACAGUCUCAUUGGGGCGGUGAACAACCGGCAUGCGGAGUGCUUGAAGCGCCUGCUGAACAGUCGAGGUGCCGAUCCGCAGCAGGAUACCACACCUUCAGGCGUCACCUGUGCACACAUUGCCGCCAAGAUUGGAAAUCUCGAGGCUCUUCAUAUCCUGUUGGGCCACGAUCCCAAAGCAGUACUAUACCGAGAUGGCAGAGGUGCCACCGUCGCUCACGUUGCCGCUCAUAACGGACACGUGGACUGCCUGCGAGAGCUGGUGACGGCGUGUGACGAACUGGGAGAUCUGCGGAACAACGACGGUGCUACGCCGGCGCAUUUUGCAGCCAGUGGCGGAUUCCUGGACGCGCUCAAGACCGUUGUUCAGGCAUCCAAGACGCCGAACAGUCGUACAACGGGAGGUGCGACCCCAACGUACUUCGCAGCACAGGAAGGUCACACGGACUGUGUGCAGUGGCUGGUUGAAGGGGCCAGAGCUGACCCUAACCUGGCCAGCAAUGACGGUAUGACACCAUUACAUGCUGCAGCACAAACAGGUCGCAUCAAUACGAUGACGUGGCUAGUGAGAAAGGCUGGUUGCCAGGUGACGUGUCGUACUACAGACGGUGCCACUCCUGUCCAUUUCGCUGCUGCCAAGGGUCACGUGAACAUCCUUCAAUGGAUGCUCAAUCACCAUUUGUGCGAUGGCUCGGAGACAGAUGACUAUGGCGACACGCCAGUGCACGAUGCAGCCGAGCAAGGGCAGCUGGAGUCGCUGCGUGUGUUCGCCAUGCAUCGCUGCAACAUGUUCCCAACGGACAAGGAUAGCAACACGCCACUUGAUUUCGCCAUUGAAAACAAACACAGGGCGUGUGCAGAGUUCCUGCGGACUGGUACCGCAGGCAGUGCAGACACCCUCAACAGCAUCAGCUCCGCACUAUCCAACCUAUCCACUGACACGACCGGAAGUAGUAGCAAUGACUCGCAGUCCAUGGACUUUGAUUACUCACGGCCAGGGGCGCCUGAUGGUGCCUCCGGAUAUACUCUACCCGCUGUCAGUAAGGUGACACCGCCCAAGAAGAAGAACAAAGGAUGGAUGUCUGGCAUCAAGAGAAGGCUGUCACGUGAUCAUGUUUGAAGUGGUCCGCGUAAAGACAGCAACGACUUACGUAUUGCUCCUUGAACCACAGUUGUUUUGUACGCGUAAUGGACCAAUCACGAUAAUAGCAAACUGCAUUUAUUAAUGCCCACUCUAGUUAUUAAUUUUUAAUUAAGGACACAAGUAUAUCAUUUGCUAACAUGGCCUAACACUAACUAACAUUAUCAGGAUGGCACAUAUUAUCUGGAUACCUAAGAUUAUACAUGUAUGUACCGCAUGCCCAGAGCUGAUUGCAUUUAGCUGACUACUUACAGAUAGUCAUGAGCACUAUAAACACACAAACACAGUAACACAGUAGAGCCCGCGAAGAAACACACUGAGCCAGGCCUUGAGUAUUUGCUUCUCCCUAAUGCUGGUACAUGAACGGGGGACAUCUUGAGAC